UUAAUAAAGACUGGACCUUCGCUCCUCCAAUUCAGACAAAAGGAAAGGACGACAGAUCCGCGGCGGCGCGCACCGAGCACAGCAUCUGAGCACCUUGGAGACGUCUGAUCCAUUAGACGCGCAGCGACGCACCGGCACACUCAGCAGCACACCGACACGCACACGCCCUCCACAUCCACCUGAAACCACCCGGAGCCGGUGAUUUGUCCUCCUCGAAGGCCGUGGAAAGGCAGACCGAACCCCGGUUCAUUUGCAGCCAGAACACCGUGUUCCCAUGAUGUCAUACCUGUGGAUUCUGCUGUUAGGAAGCCUGCUGGCCACAAGCGCCAAGGCACAAGAGGAGGAAGCUGCUCCUGAGAACCCAUCCUUCGAACCUGCAGCAGCACCAGAGGUCAACGCUGAACCCAAGGAAACAGCAGAGGAAAUACAACCAUCGGUAAGUGCACCUGAGUCCAAUGCUGAGCCUGAAGCUGGAGCUGAUCAACCUGCUGAUGACGCAGAACCAGCAGCUCCUGCCACUGAGGACGCAGAACCAGCAGCUCCUGCCACUGAGGACGCAGAACCAGCAGCUCCUGCCACUGAGGACGCAGAACCAGCAGCUCCUGCAGCUCCUGCAGCUCCUGCAGCUCCUGCAGCUGAGGACGCAGAAGCAGCAACUCCUGCAGCUCCUGCAGCUGAGGAUACAGAAGCAGCAACUCCUGCAACCGAGGACACAGAACCUGCAGCUCCUGCAGCUGAGGACACAGAACCUGCAGCUCCUGCAGCUGAGGACACAGAACCUGCAGCUCCUGCAGCUGAGGACACAGAAGCAGCAACUCCUGCAGCUCCUGCCGCUGAAGACACAGAUGCAGAAGAAGCGACACCUGCAGCCGCAGACACAGAGGCUGAUGCAGCUGCAACAAGAGAAGAACCAACAGCUGAUCCAGAGGUUAAGGAUCCUGAGGUUAAGGAUCCAGAAGCUGAGCAACCAGCAGAGAAUGCAGAGGAGGAAUCCACUGCAGGCUCUGAUCCGACAGUUGCUCCUGUGGAGAGUGGAUCUGAUGAUGAGGCCACACCAACGACAGACGUAGCUGCAGAUGAUAAUCAGGAACAACCGACUGAUCCGGAUGCUGAUGCAAAACCAGAAGUUGCCAUUGUCGAGGAAAAUAUUUUGCCAGAGGUCAGAACAGGAGUGAAGGCCAUUGUUCCUUCAGAUAAAAAGGAGGGGGCUGAUACUAUGAACGCAGCACCUGUUGCUGGCACCAAAGAAGAUGACAAACCACAGGCCCAAGAAGCCAGCUCCAGCUCUUUAGCAGGCAUCCUGUGUGGAAUCGCUGUGGCUGCUGUGGGAUCAGUUGUCGGAUACUUCACCUAUCAGAAGAAGAAACUGUGCUUCAAAAAUAGACAGGAAGCUGAUCCAGAGGCCGCACGCAAAGCCGACACAGCCGAGGCCAAUUCAGAUCCGCAGGUCCUUAGCAACCUGCUGAACUCCUCUUAGACCAGCGACGAUCACAUGACUGACUGUCUGGACCAACUACAGUCGACAAAGUGGCAAUCUCACUGUUAGGCUCUAUCCGCUGUGGAGCUGUGUUACUGUGAGGCCCAGAGGUGGGCUGUAAGUGUGUGUGUUUUUGUCUGAUUUAUAGUGUGUGUGUGUGUGUGUGUGUGCGCGCGUGUGUGUGUGGGCAUAUAUGUGGGGUUAAAGGAGUUAGAAGAAGAAAAAAAAAGCAAGUAAAGAUCCUCUAUGUGAACCUUAGGGGUUUUAUGAUUGUUGCAAUUUAUUGAAAUGAUCGGACAAAUUUUCUACUUUAAACCAAAUCCAAAAAACUUAUUUUGUUUCCAGAGGGGCCAUUAAAGAGAUUAAAUCUCAGCUAGUAUGACCAUUUGAUGGCCAACUCAUAGAACUACCUUUUCUUAUUGUUACGUGUAUGGCUACCAUCUAGUUCUAGUAACUCUAUGUGAAUAUAAACCAGUGACAAAUUUUGAUGUUGUAGUUGUUUAAACUUUAUACGAAAUUCUUAUUCUCAAGUGGAAUUCUUAUUUCUUGUUCCUAUAAAUUGUUUGAGCCAUCCGUAUGAUUUUGAGAAUCCACAUUUACGUAAAUCAUAUCUUUCAUUUUCUAUCCAUACCAUUAUCUUCAGUGUAAAUCGUAAACAGGGGGCUUCAAUAACUGCCACUGCAUUCCCUGGAGUUUGGUGAGGAAUGAUAGCAAAGGCCUUUUUCACAGCAGACAUUCGGACUUGUAGGAGUAGCAGAGGCCCAGGGUUUCCUGUUGAACAAGUUAAAAUGUCUCCUGUGAGAAAGGCCUGUAUGGAUCCUAGGAUUCUGGGGAUGCUCUGAAAUGGUCCGAUCUGUGUGAAGAGGGCCGCUGAUGUCACUGUAUGUGUGUUUGUUUGUGUGUCUUUUAAUCGGUGAAGGGGCUUAGUCUUAAAUCCUGUUGGGUCACUGUCACGUCUCCUCAGUCUGUUCAAGUAAUUUAAACAGAGAAUUGUAAUACAUUUGUAAUGACUUGCUCAAAAAAAAAUCCAAAUGAGAUUUAAAAUAUCAAUUUAUUUACCCUUAGAGAAAACAAUGAUUUCUAAAUUCACCCAGGAGAGUUGAGGUGAAGUCUGACCCUGUUUCCGGACAAUGGAUGAAUGUUCAUCUGACAUGAACAAGUUCAAAAACAGGUCAUGUAGUAACGUAUUUAGACAUUUGUUCUGAUGUAGUCUGUGUUAAUCUAGAUGUGAUGCAGUAGUUUCUUCUCUAUAGUGCCUUUCACUGACACAGCCUGACUUGAGCAAUUUACAGACACACAGAAGAGACGUAGAAUCAAAACAGUAGAUGAAUGUAUCAGAAAUAUAAUUGAGGAAUGUAAAAUGGCGCUUUGAACAGCUCGUGCACGUGAAACUGUUCCAUUAUUGUACAUUAGUAUAACAGAUGCAUAACUGAUUGCAGUGGGCCAGUUAGAUAUUUUAUGUAUCCAGUGCUUUUUUUGACUGACGCUGCCUCCCACACUGUUUAAACAGCCUCUGUUAAUUUCCUCUCUGUGUGUCUCUUUAUUUGAGCAAGCCAGAUGCUGUCCCGGUGUUUUUGUAUCAUUCAUAACUCCACAUCACAAACACCAUCCACCUGUGAUUUUUAUAUGGAUUCAAUAUUUAGCAGUGGAGCUGACACAGAUAAUCUUUAGUCAACAUGCUUGCUGUGGUAUUUUGUGAUUAUUAUUGUGAAAUGCCGAAGAAGCGCUAUGUAAAAAAAAAAAGAAAGAAGCCCAACAGUUUUUCUUUUUCUAGUAGUAGCACAAAACUAUCAACUUCUGAAUGUCUUUUCAUUGCCUUGCAGUUUUUUGUACUUGCUCUGCUCCCUUUAAACACGGGGUCAUAGAGGUCGCCUAGCGCUGCAGUUCAUGUAAAGUGCGUAACUUGUCAAGCACCAUAUUAGCUGCAAUACAGGACAGAGACUGUUGCUAACAGCCUUGCCUCAAGCCGAGAAAUAUUAAGUCUGUGAUAUCACAUAUCGAUUCAUUCUACUGUAUGAGCUACGGACCGGGAGACGGGUCAAAGUUCGGCUUUGAAUCGCCUCCUCGUCCUGUAAUCUGUGAUGGAUGGAGAUUCUCUCUACACACUGAACAAGGGGAUCGUGUCGAGUGUGUCCGAAAUCUCUUGCGACACCUGCUACUUUGGCACCGAGUGAUAAUGCACAAAAAUACCCACUGAAUAAUAGUACAAGCGUUCAGAAAUAGCCGCGUAUGCCUUCAGAACAGAGGAUUCUCCUUUUUUACACAUUUCGCGCCUCCUCUAUUGAGUAUAACAGGAAUCGGCAUGAGCAGUCUGCUACACCCUACAGUGCACAAUCAGAAACCUGAUGUGAGACAAUAAGAGCAGGGUCCACUCUACAUUCCCAUGCAGUCAGAUUCCUUGUAAACACAAAUGUUUCCAAACCAGAAUGUAAACUAAUUAAUCUUCAAGCUAUUGGGUCCUGAAGUGCACUUCCAACAAAUAAUGCUAGGUUAUCAAUCAUGGCGCUGACCGGUCCUGCCUUACAACAAAGAACAACAGCGUUGUCGUCAUCAGAGAGAGACAAGCAGAGAUGUUUUGCAGGUUAUUUUAAUAGCAAUCUCUAUGGGAGAAGCACUUUCCUAUCCUGUAUACAUCUUGAUUCAUCCAACACAUUUAGACAAUUCUUUUCUUUUUUUUGAUUUAGACUAGUGUAAGACUUUUUAUUUAAAAUAUUCUGUUUUUGAUUUUGUGUAGAAACUUUCUUCCUUUUUUUCGUCAUCUGGCACUUGUGUUGGUCUUCUGAAAUUGUGUAAAUAAUGUUUGAGGAGUCAAUUAAACGUGGGAGUUGGUGUGUUAUUCCCUUGCCAAA